CACAUAUUCAUGAAAGUAAAGAAUACUUUUCAGUUGAAGCUAUGAUGACCAUAUACUAAAAUAUCUGUCUAUAAUCUAAGUGAAUGUAUUGUUUGAAGUUUUAUUUCAUAUCUCAUUAAAGUCUAUCAAGUAAUUUGAUGGUUACUUAUGCUUUAUUUAUAUCCUCAAAUAGUCAAUAAUUAAAACUUAAUCAUUUAGAUGUUCGACCACUUGUAACUAAUUUCAAUCAACAACCGUUAAUUCGUAGUUCAAUUAUUAAUGAUUCAAAUCAAAUAGGAAAUAAUUUCAAUGGUGAUAAUCAUUCUCCGUUACCGAUAAAAAAUAAAGAUCAUGAAAAUGCUGAACAUAUACAACGAUUAAGAUCAUUAGGUUUAUCUGAAAAUGAUAUUCGAUUAUUAACAGAAAAAUUACCAUUACAUGCAUUUGAAAAAUUAGCUUUAAAUGAAAUUCAACAUAUUGUUGAAGUAAUGCGUGAAGCUGAUGUUGAAGAAAAUGAAGAUAUAACAAAUGGUAAUACAAUAAAACGAGCACCAAAGUCAAAAUCGAAAAAAUCGAAAACGAAAGAACAACCAUCAACACUUGAACAUUGUAUAGAUACAAAUAAUAAUACAUUAAAACGAACUAAUGAUUUUGAUAAUAUAUCACAAAAUUCGGAUAAUAAUAGUACAUUAAAAAAAAAUUCAACAAUAUCAUCAAAUGGAAUUCCAAGUGUCCCACAAGUUCAUAUGGGUGCUUGUUUUAUGAAAUUAUUUAAUGAAUGUCCAUUACAAAUUCAUGCUAGUUAUUGUUGGAUAAAUAAUGAAACGAAAGAUCAAUUUGUAUUAAUUGCAACUGAAGAAGGUGUUUAUUCAUUAAAUCUUAACGAAUUACAUGAUGCUACGUUAGAAUUGUUAUAUCCUAGACGAACAAGUUGGUUAUAUGUAAAAGAUAAUAUUCUUUGGUCAAUAUCUGGAAAAUCAAAUAGUUUAUAUCGACAUGAUCUUGUUUUAUUAAUGCAAAAUAAAAGUACAGCAAAAUUAUCUUUACAAUUAAAUAAAAUUCAAAUUCAACAAAAAUUUGAAAAAUUAAUGCCGAAAAAAUUAGCAACAUCUCUUAAAAUUAAUAAUACACGUGGAUGUACUCGCUGUUGUGUUGGACGUAAUCAAUUCAAUGGUUAUAUUUAUCUUGCUGGAUUAUUAACGAAUGAAAUAUUUCUUAUGCAAUAUUAUGAUCCAUUAAGAAAAUUUAUGCAUUUAAAAACUGUUCCGAUUUCAAUUCCUGCUGAACCGAGAAUUUUUGAAACGAUUUUUUCACCAGAAAAUCAAUAUGCUUUUGUAUGUAUAGGUGUUAGUAAAAGUAAAUCUGCAACGAAUUCAUAUAAAUUUGCUGGUAUUAAUUUUGAAACAGAAAAAAUAGAAAAUCUCGAUGGUGCUUCUCUUCUCUCCGAUGUUUCUCAUGUGAUACAACAUGAAAAAGAUGCUGACACGGUGCUUAUUUGUCAAGGAAAUCAUAUUAAUAUUGUUAAUUUUCAAGGUAAACCUAGUACAAAUCGACAAACAUUAUCAGAACUUUAUUUUGAUUGUGAAGUUCAAUCAUUGGUCUGUUUACAAGAUAGUGUACUUGCAUUUCAUGAACAUGGUAUGCAAGGUAGAAGUUUAAAAGAUAAUGAAAUAAUACAAGAAGUUUUUGACGAGACUCGUUCAUUUCGAGUUAUUGGUAGUGAUAGAAUGAUUGUGUUACAAAGUCGUCCUGCUAAUCUAUCACAAUCAUCUAGUGCAUUAAUUACAACACCAUCUGAUCUACAUAUUUUAAUGGGUCACGAAAAUACAUAG